AUGAUCAUGAGGAUGGGCGGCAGAAGGGUGUUCUGGACGGUGGUCCUGGCCGCGGCGCUGGCGGCAGUUGCCGUGGCAGCCGUGGAGGAGGAUAUAGUGCGGCCGGUGAAGAACAACCAAAAGGAAGGUGGCUCUGAGUCGUGGACCGGAUGGGCUAAAGAAAAGAUAUCGGAAGGCCUUGGGUUUAAGGAAUCCGAUGAUGCCGGUUCGGUUGCCGAGGAUGUUGCCAAGAAGAGCAAGGACAGGAUUACUGAUACAACUGCUGGAGCCGGGGAAUAUGCCGGCAACGUCAAGGAUAGAGCAGCCGAAAAAGCACGGGAGGCGAAAGACAAGGCGGCGGAAGCCACGGAGGAGGCAAAAGAAAAGGCGUCCGAGAAAGCAGGGGAAGCCGGAGAGUAUGCCGGCAACGUCAAGGAUAGAGCAGCCGAAAAAGCGCGGGAGGCGAAAGACGAGGCCGCGGAAGCUACGGAGAAGGCAAAACGAAAGGCGUCUGAAAAGGCAGGGGAGGUGAAAGACAAGACCGUGGAAGCUACGGAGGAGGCAAAACGAAAGGCGUCCGAAAAAGCAGGGGAAGCCUACCAGAAGAGCCAGGCGGCAAAAGACGAGGCCCGGGAGCACGCGGGUGGGGCCAAGGAGAAGGCGGAGGAGCAUGCGGGUUGGGCCAAGGAGAAGGCCCAGCAAGGAUACGAGACGGCUAAGGAGAAAGCGGAGGAGGCUUACGAGUCGGCUAAGGAUACGGUGGCAGCGAACCUUGAGGCGGCCAAAGAGAAGUCCAAGGAGAUUAAAGACAACGUUGUAAAUGGUCAUGAUCUUACCCGUGAUGAAGAGCUUUGA